AUGGAGGCUUCCUUGGCUCAACCGCGCCUUCCAGGGACGGUGAAAUUGAUCGACGCCCAAGGCCUGCUCAACGUCAAACAUGGCCACGGCUCACAAGAAAUUAUCCUUGUUCCGCAACCUACCGACGACCCCGAUGACCCUCUUCGCUGGAGCAAGCCGCGUAAGAUGACCAGUAUCAUUAGCGCUAUGGCAUGGUGCUUUUUCAUCGGCACUAUCAUCUCCGGAUUAUCGCCCGCCUACAUCCUCAUUGAAAAAGAUACGGGAAUAUCCAUUGCAGACCUGAGCACUGGUAACGGCAUUCUUUAUCUCUUCAUGGGCUGGGGCACGAUGAUUACGCAGAGUCUUGCGCUCAAAUACGGCCGCCGCCUUGUUCUUGUGGGAUGCAUCAUCUUGGUGACUGCCGUCACGGUUUGGACGGCCUAUGUGCAGUCAAGGGGAGAAUUUUUCGUGAAUCGCAUCUUACUGGGCAUCUUUGCUUCGCCGCAGGAAACACUCAUUGAGAUGAUUAUCGGAGAUAUGUUUUUCACACAUGAUAGGGGGUUUUAUAUGGGUGCUUAUAGCUGGUCUCUCUUUUCCGGGGCUCUUCUAUCGCCCGUGGCCUCGGGGUAUGUCGCCCAAUAUCUUGGUUGGCAAUGGAUUCAGUAUAUUCUGGCCAUUAUCGGGGCAGCGGUCACUGUUUUAACGUUUUUCUUCUUCGAGGAGACCAUGUUCUUCCGCGAUCACCUCUUAGCCAGCACUGAGACCCUCGAUGGUAUUUCUAAAUCCCUUGAAGGUACAACAGCGGACGACGUGGAGAAGACCGGCGAGACGAAAAGUUCUCCUACCCUUCAGCAGUCAACCACUCCAUCAUUCCGUGAGGCUCCGUCGUCCGAUGCGCCCAGGAGCACCAGACCCUACAUCCAAAAGCUCAAGCUCUGGGGCUAUCAGCAUCCCCUACAGCCAAACCCAUACAAAGUCUUCUUUCUCCCAAUCAAGCUUCUCUUUGCCUUUCCUGCAAUGUUCUUCAGCGGCCUUCUAGUUGGCGGGACCCUUGCGUGGUAUAACGCAAUGAGCGGAUCCAUGGCCCUGAUUCUCGGCGAGGCACCCUACAAUUUCAGCACCAACACCAUUGGGCUCACCUACCUUGCCUGUUUUGUUGGCGUCACAAUCGGCUGCUGCAUUUCUGGCUGGAUGUCUGACGUCGUCGCAGUUCAGCUAGCUAGCCGCAAUGGAGGAAUCAUGGAGCCGGAACAACGGCUCUGGAUUUGCCUGGUCGCGCUAGUCGUCCAUCCGGCUGGCUGCCUUCUAUAUGGCGUCGGGGCAUCGUAUGGGAUUCAUUGGGGUGGGAUCGUUGUUGGGCUGGGCUUGAUUGCCAUGACGUUUCCACUGGGGGCAUGCCUUGCAUAUACAUAUGUUCUCGACAGCUAUAGGGAGAUGGCAGGGGAGGGCCUCGUGUCUGUGAUUCUCAUCCGGAACAUGAUGGGCUUCGCAUUCGGAUACGCGGUCGUGCCCAUGAUCAACGCCCUGACUGUCCGGUAUGCCUUUGUCCUGAUUGCUUUACUAGGGGAACUGGUCUGGCUCACCGGUAUGGCAAUGAUCUAUUUCGGGAAACCCCUAAGGCGAAAUACUGCGCAAAAAUACUGGAAUCUUGUUGAAAAGACGAAUGCAAAGGCGCACUGA